AUGGAGACCUCAGUAAGUGGCAUCACGACUCUUCCUAAUAUCCUCUUUGACCGAUCCACAAACAACUUGAAAGCCAUUGUCGAUUUUGACUUUGGCCAUAGCGGCAGCCCGCUGACCGAGUAUCUUUAUUCGUUUCCGGAAUUUUACGGUCUUUUACUUGGCGUCGCGGAGCCAAUGAAUGGCCUGCGCGACUUGAUACUGAACGGGUACACUGGGGCGACCCGGCCGAGCCUUGUUGUUGGAAAGACGUGGGAAGUAGCACUCGCUGCCGAGGGAGCGCAGCGGCCGUCUACCAUCGAGGGAGCAGACAUUGUGUCGGAUGUGUGGUGGCUCGGUCAGGAGCUUCUGCAGUUCCACUGGAUGAUUCCGCGGCUCCAUGAGCGAAUGUCGGCCGAAGACAAGGAGCGGUCGCGCAACAAGUCUGCGAUGCGUCUGCAGACGUAUUUAGAGCAUUGGGGGUACUAG